UCCAUAUUUUCUACUUAAAAUGCUGGAAAAGCAUACGCGUGAAUUAUCUUUCCUUUAUCUAUUUUUGAACGUUACAGCCAAUGCAGGCAGAUUAUUACUCCAUCCUUUGCUAUACUGUAUUGUCUACCGACCGUAUAUACUUUAGCUAGUACAAAAUGGUCGACGUGCCUUCGAUGUAAGAAAUAAUUUUGUGUUACAAUAUUUCGUUAUUUUAUAAAGAACGUAGGCAAAAUAAGGUAUACUCGAUACUAAUGGAUUUAUAAAAACAAUAACAUUUUCGAUUAUUGCGUCAAGAAAUUAAAUAUUUCUUAAAUCAUCGUCAGAAUUAGACAAGGAAAAAAAAAGAAAAAAAAAAAAAAAGACAUGGAGAAACGGCAGGAGGUACUAGCUCCAUUUUCGUCUGAUGAAUGUCCCAAUAGCGGAGAGGAUAGCGAAGAGGAUGUAAUAACGGACUAUCUUGGCUCAUCGCAUUCCGACUGUGACCGUGUGCCUACUAUUAAUGGAGAUCUUGGUGGCCUGAGUCUACAUGGAAAUAUAGUCACAGAAACUGGUUAUACCGAAGAUAAUACCAAUAAAACAAUCACCAUGUCUGGAGGGAAUUCUGAGCAGCAACAGCAACAUCCGUUGCUUACACUUGGUACUAAUAUUCAAACUCAGCCUAAUCCUCUUGUACCCAUUAUUAGUGUCACACCUCAUUCUCCUGGUUUUGCUAAGAACUAUCCUGUAUUAGAGGACAAUCUGCAGCAUUUGCAUGAAAUUCAUGACUGGAUUCAACGUAUGAGAGACUUGACGAUGAAUACUUUGGGAAACAAUAAUCGUAUGCCCCACGAUGUACCUCAAAGACUGACCUUUUCGUGUCCUUCCUUAUGUCCAUUGAUACUUAUAGAGGGUGGACAUCGUUCCAAUAAUCAUGAAGCAGGAUCUGAUCCAGAUCUCCUUGUUAACUGUUCAACCAAUAGCUCUCCGACACAUUUUCCAUCUAUGAACUCUCAUGCACAACCUGUACAGGGCAUAGACAGAAGACGAAGUUGGACAGAUUUGGAAGAUACUAGACGUGGUCGACGCAGAUAUUCCGGGCAAAAUCAUCUGCAAGCACAAAAUAUGCGACAACGCAGCAUUAGUUUAAGUAGUCUGGACAGUGAAAUGGAACUAGAACUAGAUGGAAAAUCUUGUAGUGGACUUGUAGGGGUAGGUAAUCGAGCAUGCAGAUCACAAGCAAGUACUCAUUCCUUAAAUGAGGCAGACCUUGUGCAGAGUGAAUAUCAGAAGAUUGUCUUAAAAAGAAAUAGUCAAAGAUUAGGUGAAAGUAGCAGUUUGAUGCCAGGUUUAACUGGUGCACGUUUACCUCUCCAGAAAUCUAUUUCAACCCCUUCCAUCGUUACACCGCCAAUUCAUACGCAUCUCACUGAGUCCGGAACACGAACAAUACCUCACAGUACAGCAGGAACUGCAUAUGAUGAUCAACAUUCUGAGAAGACCAGAAGAAAGCGUGGCUCUAUUUUCUUCCGUAAGAAAAAGGAUAAAAGUGGGAAGAAAAAUAGUCAACAGCAACAUGCAUGGACCACAAUGACAACUGGAGCACAGGGAAAUCAUCAAUGUGAUGUUUGCAUGAAGCAAUCAACGAGUAAACCUAUUCUUCAUUGUGAAAAUUGCGGAUUAUCGGUACAUCAAAGUCAAGGAUGCAAGGAUCAUUUGGUAUCAGAAUGUACCAAGUCUAAGCAUCAGUCUGUAAAAGCUGUUAUAAAAUCAACAUCGAGUAUUUCUUCGGUUACAAGUAACAAUAGCGUGAAAAGAGGUUCGACGGCAUCGUUACCAUUACCAACAUCAUCUGGAAGUGGAAGGGAAAUUAACAGCAAGAAAACAGUGACAAGCUACAGCCCUUGGCGGCGAGUUGCCACCAAGCUCGGAGUCAAUCAAACAAUUAAUGAGGAAAAGGAUACGGAUGGUAGUGGUUCACAUCGGGAUGCUUCCAGUGGUUGGGAAGAAUUCGAUUUUGGAGAUGAAGCGCAUCAGUUUACUGUAGGUGAUCUUGAAGGCUUAGAUCCUGAACUGGGCUUAGGAAAGGAAGAACUUGAUUCAUGGAGUACAGCCAUUGGAAGACACGUAGCAUCACGUCUCGUAGAUCAUUGUGAACGCGAAGUGAAGAGGCAAGAGCAUAUAUAUGAAUUUGUGUUAACAGAGAAACAUCAUUGCUUAGUAUUGUUAGCCAUGGAAAGGAUCUUCGUGGAAGGUUUACGACGUCAUUUCCGUUUGGGACAACCAGAUCUAGAACGAAUGUUUCCAAGAUUACGUGAUCUCAUUGAAAUUCAUUUAAGAUUUCUACAGAAAUUACGUAAACGUCAAAAUGCAAAUUCCGUUGUUCCUACUAUCGCCGACAUACUCGUCGAACAAUUCUCAGGUGAAAAUGCGCAACGUAUGAAAAGUGCAUAUGGAGAAUUUUGUAGUCGUCAUAGAGAAGCCGUUGAAACUUAUAAGUAUUAUUUGCAUCAUGAUACUCGAUUUGAACGUUUUGUACGUCACUGUCAGACAAAUCCUUUGUUGAAGAAGAAGGGUAUUCCAGAAUGUAUAUUGUUCGUUACACAACGUUUAACAAAAUAUCCAUUACUAGUCGAACCACUUAUUAAAACCGGUAUUAUGCAAGAUGAAGGAGAGAGCUUGAGAAAAGCUUUGGGACUAGUGAAAGAAAUUUUAGCUGAUGUAGAUGCGUGCGUGGCAGAUAAAGAAAGGGAAGAUAGAAAAUUAGAGAUUUAUAAUAAGAUCGACGCGAAAUCGUUUGCCACGUACCGUGGUGCCAAGUUCAAAAAAUCGGAUAUAAUGGCAUUUAAUAGAAUUUUAAAAUUCGAAGGCACGGCAUAUUUAAUGCAAGGUCGUGGAAAAACGACUGCCAUCGUUGUAGUAGUUCUUUCCGAUAUAUUAUUCUUCUUAGUUGAAAGAGAUCAAAAAUAUGCUUUCUUAGUUCCGGACAAUAAAGCUGCUAGUGUGGUAUCGUUACAAAAAUUAUUGGUACGAGAAAAAGCUGGCCAAGAAUCUAGGGGUAUAUACUUGAUAAGUAGCAAUCCGGCGGAACCUGAAAUGUUUGAGUUAAAAGUUCAAAAACCUAAGGACAAACAAUUCUGGAUUCAAGCAAUACGUUCGGCGGUUGAGGCUUGUCCUCAAGAACCUGAAAAUGACACGGACGUUCUUAUAGAUGGCAAUAGUAAUAAUGAAUUAAGGGAUACACGUUCAUCCUCCAUAUCGAUGCUUUCCGUCGAAGAAAGGCAAAAAAUGAUUAAAGCUAAGGAAUCGCACAUAUUUAGAAUUGUCGGCGAAUUACGAAAGAAGGACGCGGAACAGGCGUUGCUGUUCGAAGAAAAAAUUAAUUUACAAGUACGACUUCUACGUGCAUCUAAUAUUUGGAAUGAAAAUGAUAGUGAUCAUGAAAAGACGGAUAAAGUGGAAAAAGAAAUUCGCGAUUAUACACGUCUUGUUCAGAUGGAGGCGACGGAUACCACUCAACUAUGGCAAGAGGUUGUCGUCGCUGUACAGGAAGCCACACGAUUGGCCAGUUCAUUGUCAUUUAGCACUGGUGGUGCAACACUUUCUAGAAGUUUAAGUUCAGCGGGCGAACGCCAUAGCGAAGCUUACGUUCCACCAGCUCUUUGCGUUCCUAGACGAGCAGAAACAUUUGCUGGUUUCGAUAAUAACAAAGAAAGAUAUCCUGUACGUGAAUCAGCGGCGAUGAAUGUAGGAUCAUCUCUCCCAAAAGUUGGUGAAUUUUCGAAAGAAAGUCCCGAGGACAAAGAAAGUUCAGAAUUGGACGCGAACAAAGAUCAACAAUGGACUGCGAUACGUUUAUCCCAUCACGUUUAUACUUUGCUUUGUAUAAUCAGUAAUCAAAUGACGACAAUCGAUAGUCUACAAGCGCAAUUAGCUGCAUGCAAGGAGGGAAGUAUGGGAAAAUCAUCGAAUAACAGGCCGAAUCCAAAUCGUCAAUUGGAGGAGUUGAGAAAUUUGCAGGAUCAGCUUAGCAGGGAAAAGGCAGCGUUUCGUGCUGCUUCUCAGCAAGAAAAAAAUCAAUUGGAAGAGGAACGUGCAGAAUUGGCAAGGCAGAGAGAACAAUUGGCUGCAGAACAAAGGGAUGUUACUCAACAGCGAGAUCAAUUGUAUCGUCGAUUGGAGGCGUUGGAACGUCAAGGUUUAAAGGCAGGCUCUACUACGGGUCCAACGACAAUUCAUUUGUCACACGUGACACAGGCUACAGAAAUUGUACAACCACGGAAGUCUCAAGCAGACGCUAAGAGAAUACCUAUGAAUUUAAUCAGCGCUACCAAUCAGCAGAAAGUACAAAGUAAUGUUCCUGUGAAGCAACAACUCCCAUUGAAGCUCGCAAGUGGAAGUAAUAACAAUAGCAGGAGCGGAAGUACUGCGAGCCACUAUAGUCCGGAUCGCCAUACUAGAACAGGAAGUAGCCCUGCUAUCGUAACCGGAUCUACGUUCUCUUCUCCUGAACUCGGCAAUAGUCAUGGUAAUAGUGGCACCACGAGUCAAAUACAUUCCUCUAAUCGAUCUCUUCGAAACACACGAUCUCCUCCUGAAUCGUAUCAACAACAUCAACGAGCAGAACAGCAACAACCUUUGGAGGAGGAGGUGAUCUUUUUCUGACGACUCUUUCGAUUCGGACGAAAACAUUCGCGUAAUACACGUCCAAAUACCGAUGGAGCUACUCCGACGUCUGUACAAACACCUCCGCAAUCUAGAUCAAGAGAUAGUCAGACUAGAAGCCGGGUUAAGUCCUUUUGACUUUCAACUUUCAGUCGAUAAUAAGACUGAUCGUUAUUUUUACUUUCAUUCUUUUCCUCUUACCCUUUUUCAUUCUUUUACUCUUUCUCUCUCUCUCUCUCUCUCUCUCUCUCUCUCUCUCUCUCUCUAUCUAUGUAUCUAUCUAUCUAUCUAUCUAUCUAUCUAUCUAUCUAUCAAUCUAUCUUUCUCUAUUAGCUUCUCCUUUAUUCCUGCAACUUUUGAUAUCUUUUGAAAUCUAAUUCUUGAAACAAAACGAAGGAAAAAAAAAAGAAAAGAAGAAGGGUAGAUCAUGAAUAUAAGAAAGAAGGUUGCAGGUUUCGGAGAAUUUUAUAAUACAAGUACGCGAAGGAACUUUCAAUGUGCUAUAACGAGGAGCACGAUAUAUGUCGUUUACUUAAAUGCGAUUACAAAAAAAAAAAAAAAAAAAACAAAAAACAAAAAAAAAAGGAAAGAAAUAAGAAUUAAAGGAAGCGAUUGAAAAAAAAAACAGAAUAAAAAAGAAAAUAAAAAAUAAAAAUAAAAAUAAAAAAAAAACGAGGAACAAAACAAAAUAAAAUAAAAUGCAAUGUCACUUUGCUACAACUGCUAUCGGAGGCAAUAAUUCAAACUCUCAUGCCAAAUCUCUAAAACAAUGACUGUGCGAAGAACUAUUGAUGUGCAAUUCCGAUUGCAGUCGGGGAAGCGAAAAAAAUAAUAAUAAUAAAAAAAAAUAAAUAAAUAAAUGAAUAAAACAAAAUGAAAUGAAAUGAAGUGAAAUAAAAUAAAGCAAAAAAAAAAAAAAA